AUGCCCAGCCUGAUUUCCUUAGUUGGCAACCCAUUACUCUUUACCCAGCGUCGAAAGCCCAAGGCAGCGGGAAACGCCACGAACUGCUUCUCUUGUCCUCACGAGCAGAGCUGUGAUUGGAGUGCCAAGAAACUGUACCUCGAAAAGCUCUAUGACAAGGGAGAACGAGAUUGGCCUAUUUGUGUUGUUGUUCCUGACAUAGAAGAUAUCACUGCUACAUUGGGGACAGAUCAUGGACGUGCCGUCUUGGAAGAGGUUCUCUCUACAGACUACGACGCCUCUACACCAAGGGACAUCAUCGAGUCCAAACAGUGGUACGGUCGUUGUGUCUGGGAGUCAGAUAAUGAUGUUCUUGACGAUCAAAUUGUCACUCUGACCUGGGAUGACGACUCAGGCGCUGUGGGCAACGAGGAAUUCCCCGACCGCGGUCCGAAGACGGCGAUUUUCCAUAUGGCGGCGUUCACCGAAGCCCAGUCCAAGCGGCGAGGCAAGAUCUCGGGCACCCAUGGAGAGAUGCAGUACGACAGUAACGAGAUCCGAGUCUAUACCUUUGAUCGAUUUCGGGACCCGGGGGCAGCCAAAGUCUUCAUCCCGCCAACAGCUUCUGGCGGUCAUGAAGGUGGCGAUGGCGGUCUGAUGAACAACUUCUCUCGGGCUGUGGAGGCUGUCAUUAAUGGUGAGCUCAGCGUGGAGCAGGCGCAAGCGAGACAUGUUGGCUGUACGUUGAAGGAAGCAUUCAUGAGCCAUGCCAUGGUCUUUGCUGCGGAAGAAGCCCGACUCGGAAGAAAGAUUGUGGAUUGGCAAGAUUGGUGGGCAAAAUUGGAAAAGAAUCUCCUUGGCCGGUGA